UCAGUUGUAUUCGAAUUGCAGGCGAAUUGAGACACACACUCAUACAACUCGAAUUUUGUUUGACUCUGCAGCUGUUUGUUAUUUUCUAUUCUAUUUGUUAACGAAGCAAGCAGCUUGUGAGUAAUCUUAAUUCAUGUUAACGGCAAUUAUAACAAAAAACAUAAAAAUUAAUGUAAAUUAUUAAAAUCAAAAAAAUAUAAAUAAAAAAAAUCGAAGCAAGUUUAUACAAGCCAAGAAAGAAAAAAAAAUUCAAGCCCACACAAAUUUUUUAACAGAGGCAAAAAAGAAACUGCCUGUCAAACGAACGUCAGCGGCAACGGCACGACAGCAGCAGCUAGAAAAAUUCGCGAAAAUAAGGAAGUGGUGUGUGUUUGUAAAGUGAGAAUAAAGAAAAAUUGAAGUAGUUUUUGCAAAAGGAAUCUUUGUUAUAUUGAAAAAAAAAAUCCAAAAUUGAAAGAAAGAAUUUUUUUUGUAAAUGAGAGAGGAGGAGGCCAGCGCAAUUGAUAGUUGUUGUCUCCUUAGAAAUGUUGAAAAAAGAAGCCCUGUGAACGAUUAAAAUAAAAAAACACGAAAACUUUAAUUAAUUAUUAGUUCCCGAGUCAUUUUUUGCUUUUGGGCUGAACACAACAACAAAAAGCGACAAACAAGUAUUAUAGCUUGCUAGCCAGCCACCAGCACAAGUAGCAGCAACAGCAGCCGCAGCCACAACUCCCACAAUGGAAUUCAUCACAAUUGGCCAGAGUGUCAAUAUAAAACGAACGGAUGGCCGUGUACAUGCGGCCGUCGUCUCCAAGAUCAAUGAAUCGGGCAAAUCAAUCACAGUCGAAUGGUACGAAAGGGGCGAGACCAAGGGCAAAGAGGUAGAGCUGGAGGCCAUAUUGGCUCUUAAUCCCGAGGUAUUGGAACAGGCCGAACAAGAGGUGGUGCACACAGCCCCCGAACCGAAAAAGAUUGCCACAGCUCCCAUGAACUUGUCCCGCAAUGCCACACAAGGUGCCAUCGGCCAUCGCACUAAUCGAGCCACCAUUAAUUCGUCCAAUAUCCUGUCGUCGGCCUCUGUGGCUGAGCAUGUGGAGAAUAUACCGCCUCAACAACAAAUCCAACCGCCCACAACCGGCAUAGUGCGGUCACGUACCACCAACAAUGCCUCCCGACUAGCCUCGGCCAAUUCGGGCAGUGGUGGUGGUGGCGCUCAAACAACAAACACCUCCAGUAUUGGUAAUAACUCAUCAUAUGGUGGUGGUGGAGCGGGUUCAAAUUCCGUUGCCACUGCCGGCAAUGCACGGCGUUCCUAUGUGGUCAAAGAAGUGGAACGCCUCAAGGAGAAUCGUGAAAAACGACGAGCCCGCCAGGCGGAAAUCAAAGAGGAGAAAAACGCCCUAAUGAACCAAGAUCCCGGCAAUCCAAAUUGGGAAACAGCACAAAUGAUACGAGAAUAUCAAUCGACAUUGGAAUUUAAUCCGCUAAUCGAUGGCGCCGCCGUAGAAGAUCAUCAAAUUACCGUGUGUGUACGUAAACGACCAUUGUCGCGCAAGGAAAUUAAUCGCAAAGAAAUCGAUGUUAUCUCCGUGCCGCGCAAGGACACCCUGAUUGUACACGAGCCGCGCAACAAAGUGGAUUUGACGAAAUUCUUGGAAAAUCACAAAUUUCGUUUCGACUAUGCCUUCGAUGAUCGCUGUGACAAUGCCAUGGUUUACAAAUAUACCGCCAAACCAUUGGUUCAAACCAUAUUCGAAGGUGGCAUGGCCACAUGCUUUGCUUAUGGUCAAACGGGUUCGGGUAAAACACACACCAUGGGUGGUGAAUUCAAUGGCAAGAUACAGGAUUGUAAAAAUGGUAUAUAUGCAAUGGCAGCUAAGGAUGUAUUCAAUUAUCUCAAUGGACCACGGUAUCGUCACUUGAAUUUGGUUGUCUCGGCCAGUUUCUUUGAAAUCUAUAGUGGCAAAGUUUUUGAUUUACUCUCCGAUAAACAAAAACUUCGCGUACUAGAAGAUGGCAAACAGCAGGUCCAAGUUGUUGGUCUCACCGAGAAGGUAGUCGACAGUGUUGAAGAAGUGCUCAAACUAAUUCAGCACGGCAACAAUGCUCGCACCUCCGGCCAGACCUCAGCCAACGCGAACUCAUCCCGUUCGCAUGCAGUAUUCCAAAUAGUUCUACGUCCACCGGGCUCGACAAAAAUCCACGGCAAAUUCUCUUUCAUUGAUUUGGCCGGCAAUGAACGUGGUGCUGACACAUCGUCCGCAAAUCGCCAGACUCGCAUGGAGGGUGCUGAAAUCAAUAAAUCCCUGUUGGCUCUCAAGGAAUGUAUACGUGCUUUGGGCAAACAAUCUGCCCAUCUACCGUUCCGUGUGUCAAAGCUAACCCAAGUACUGCGUGAUUCGUUUAUCGGUGAGAAGAGUAAGACCUGCAUGAUUGCCAUGAUAUCGCCGGGUUUAAGUUCAUGUGAACAUACCCUAAACACAUUGCGCUAUGCGGAUCGUGUCAAAGAGCUGGUGGUUAAGGAGUUGCCCGAUGUGUUGCGUGAAGAGGAUGCCGAACAGCUGAUGUACGAGGAGGAUGAGGAGACCAAUAAUAUACAGCAUGUCCAACAGAAGCCAAUGCGACAUAAUAAUCACACAAAUCACAAUAACAACAAUAACAAUAAGAAUGGUCAAAUGUCGGCAAAUGACUUGGCAUUGUUGCGUUCGUUGAGCGAACAUGAUAUGUCUGAUGAACUAUUGGAUCAACAUGCUGCUAUAUCGGAUUUACAGCAAACCGAAGAAAUGGUGGUCGACCAGCAUCGUGCUAUCAAUGAUUUCCUAUCACAAUUCUUACCAGAAUCCAUGAGACUCUAUAAUCUAACCAAUUAUGUGGACUAUGACCAGGAUUCCUAUUGUAAAGAGGGCGAAGCCUAUUUCACACAAUUAGCCGAGAUGGCAACAAGUUGUCGAGAUCUAAUGGCCGACUUCCGCACAAAAUUGGCCAAAGAAGAGAUGCUGUCGUGUACGGUCAAGCCACCAGGCAAACGUUAAGAAGAAACUGAAAUUAAAAAGUGAAAACUGUCUUGCGCAACAACAUGUGUAUGAGCUGAUUGAUGAUGAUGAUAAUAACGGAGAAGAAGAUCAAAGAAGCAUCAAAAGAUUACAAGAAGAAAUACUCUCUCUCUCUCACUUUAAACAGAAAAGAAAAAAAAAAAGAAAAUGAAAACAAAAACUAUUUUAAAUAUUAAAAAAAAAAGAAACAAAAGCAAGAGAAGAAGAUUAAUGAUAGCAACCAGCCUCUAGUAGUAGUUAUAUAAUUAACUUUAAAUGUCAUAUAUUAUAUACAUUACAAAACCAACAAAAAAACCAGAAAACAUUAAAAAAAUUAACAGUGCCGUUAGAAAAUGCACUUAAAAACAAAAUUUCAAUUAACACAUAACAAUUUUACGUUAAAAACAAACUCAAAUAAGACAAAAUGCAAGAAAACGACGGGACACUUUCACAGAAAAAAAAAAAAACAAGAACAACAACACCCUACAAAACGACUAGCAACAAAAGAAAUGAAAACAGAAUCUUCUUCCCUACCAACGAAACAUAAAGACACUAUAUAAUUCCUUUUUUAUUCCUAACUAAAACUACAACAAUGCCACCCUUCAUUCACCCCCUUCAAACAUUACCAAUAAGGCCCCCUUCUCUUUUUCUAUUUUUUUUUUGUUCUUUACUUACCCCUCAAAUUUACACACAUGAGAUUUGUGAUAAUACCGGAAGAUGAGAACUCGUUAUAUAAAUUCUAUUAAUGAAAUCUUGUUUUGUUUAUGUUCUAUGUUAUAUAAAUUUCAAAUUAAACUAUUUCUAAAAAAACUAAUGUUUUCUUUCACUUCAGCUUCAUUUCCAUUCAAAAGCAAAAAAAAAAAACAACUUCCUAUCUAUUUUUAAUCUCCUCCCUACCACUCACUCUCUAGUUCUUUUUUUAUAAAUAUUUUAAAAUUAAAACAAAACAAAAACAGGACUUUUUGUUUCCUAUAAUAAUUUUUUGUCGCAUCGCAUAUACUUAUAUUUAUUAUUAUUUGUUUAACUUUUUUUAUACUACUUCUAUUUACUACUACUACUAUUACUAGAAAACCGUAAAAAACAACCACAACUACCCAAUAUGUUUAUUACUUAUUCUAAUUUUAAAUGAUAUUAACUAUAAUUAUUUUUAUUUUAUUUUUAAUAUUAUUACAAAAACAACACAAGGAAAUCAAUCAAAACGCUAAACAAAAAAAUCGAAAGCAAACAAAAAAAUAAUCCAUGAAAAAAAUAUUAUAUUCCCCUGCAAAAUUUUAUAAAAAAAACCCCAACAACAACAAGUAUUAUAUAUUCUACAACCGUUGCCGCUUAAGAAAGGAAAUAAGUCAUCAAGGCUGUUUUUCC